AUGAAUUAUACGGGGCUCCCUCUACCGGCGCCCAUAGGUCAAAAUAUCACCUUGAAACUUAAAGUGACAGGUUACCUGCCUUCUGAGUGGAAGAAUGUGACGUGCAGGUGGGAGAUACUGGGUAGCACCACAGAGUGUUAUAGAGUUCCAGAUGAAACAGGAGAAUUCAUAAUAGACGUGAUGUCGAAAACUUCAUUGAACCAAACUCCCGGUGUAUAUUUGCUUUCAGUAUACGUCAAUUUGGGACAGAAGUCGAAAAAUAGAGCCAUUCUUAUUCGUUUCGAACACGUAAAUGAUCAUGAAAAGGAGUUACCAAAAUUCCAGGUUGUGAAAGGGGUAACAAAGUUCAAUGCUUCUGUAAACAUUGGAAGUAACCAGUUCAACGAAUGGAUUCUACCCAAUGCCUUUUGCUAUGGACAAUCUGUCGAUCUGAACUUCAAAAGUGGAUUAUUCGUCUUGUUUUCUUCUAAUGGAGUAAAAACUUUAGUUCAAACUUUUAGGAAACUCGACGAUGAUACGAACCCCACAACUUCCCAACCGCGGAGGAAUAUAAAGUUUCCAGGAGUAGAACUAUAUACAACAGAUAACACGAAGUCCAAUGUUUCCAGUUAUUUUUUUAUCAUCUCUAAUUUUUGCGGCAAGAUACAAAUCUGCAUUAAAUUUGGGGAUGGUGUAGAAAAAACAUUAAAUAAUUUUUCUCAAAGCAGAACCAUUUCUCAUGUCUACAACAGGACAGGAAACAUGACGAUUAAACUCAGUGUGUUUCAUAGAAACAAACAAGAACUGACCAUUUCCCGCUCUAUUAUGGUUCUUGAUCAUCAUUGCUUUCAAGCCACACCGAUGUUUGACAUUCGGAAUUCUGUACCAUCCAAUCCUUUAACGGUUUUCCUGUUCUCUGACAUCAUUAUUAAAAGUAGAAAACAAUACGAUCAUCAGUCAGAUAGAUGUAGAACCGAACAUACGGAUCAUUUGACCUACUUCUGGAAAGUUACUAACACCGAGACAGGCGAGGAAACAAAGUCCAGGAGAGACCAACUCCCUCUGAUAUCACACACCCCGGGUUUGUUUAAAGUUUCCCUCACAAUACAGGUUGGGCAGUUUUCCACAACUGGAAUUCUUUAUAUAAAGUUUAUCUUUGAACAUCAGAUGAAUUUUCACAGAAGUGUUCUCUGUCAGUUUGUGAAUAAUUCCACCAGUAUGGUGAAUAUCAAUGUGGAUGCUGAGAUUCUGCCUGUCUGGGGUGAAAAUAUUUCAUAUUCCUGGAGGGUUGUAAGAUACUCUAAUCCUAACUUGAUUCCUCAAGGAUUUUCAGCUGCAAAAUGGGUAAAAUUGUACUACGUGAACUCUACAAAACUCACUCUCAUUAACCCAUUCCAAAGGAUGGAGCGAGGACUUACAGAGAUCGCCCUGAGGGUCAACUACACCUCAUCAAUAGAGUACAUUAACCAGUUUGUGCUUGUUCAUGACGGCGAACAUGAAUGCAACAUUAAAUACUACUGCGUGAAAAAUUGCGAAAUUAGAACCAGUUUAUCAAAGAAGUACGUAGCUAGGAUGAAUAGCAUGAAUAAAAACUGCAUUGCAACAGCAAAAUUACAUGGAGUAUAUGACGUGUCAGAUACCAGAGACAAUAAAUCUUUAUUACAAAUGAUCAAAGGAUAUCCAUUGAUCAACGGAACAAGCUUAAUGCACAUAGACCGGCAUCAUCUUAUUGUACAGACAAAUCGUCUUGCAGCCGGCAAGCGUUAUAUCCUGAAAAUGACUACAGGUGACGUUCCUUGGCUUAUUCAUCUUCAUAUGAACAGCCCACCGACGGGAGGUUGCUGUGAAGUUAUGCCCAAAGAGGGUUUAGUGCUUCAGACAGAGUUUAUGGUAGUUUGUAGGGACUGGCGAACGGGGGCGGAGGAUUAUAACACACCUCACCAACAAACAAAAGUCCCCCUGCUGUAUACAGUCCGCUAUAGAACAUCCAGUAGUGAUCAAGUGACGGUGUACCAAGGCUAUGAAGCGUCAACCCCGUCCUUUAUGUUACCCUCGGGCGCUGCCUCCCAAGGUUACCGAGUCACAGUAGAGGUGGAAGUGGAGGACAGAUUUGGCGACAAAACACAAACGAAUGUAACCGUAACUGUCAAGGCAGGAGACGAUAAUUAUAACAGAGAAACCUAUAUUGAUACUUUAUGCCGGAACCUUCUAACCAAACUUAAGUACAGCCAGAAUCCUGAUACCCAGAUGCAUGCCAUCCAUAUUACAGCCAACGAGCUCAGCAGAGUACAGUUCAAUGACUCUUUUCCUAACAUCAAUGUCUCAGGGUUAAUGAAUGCAGACAUUUCAGAUCUGAGAGCGAUGUUGGCUUUUGCCAACUCGUCCAUUUUAAAGAAAUUACAACAGGGAACUAACAUUCUAUCCGAGUCCACUCUCAAUUGGAUAUCUAAGUUUUCUUUGGGAUCUCCACAUUAUGAACAAAGCAUGCUUUCCGAUAAAGAAGCAUGUCACAUGUUGCUUUUGUCCAUGGACAGCAUGCACAUCUACACAAAGAAUCCGGAGAUCACAACACCCAAAUCUAUAAUAACCACUGUGGAUGCACUGAGAGUGCUGCUUUCUGAUGACAGCCUGCCAAGAAGUCUCCUCAGAGACAAGGACAAAGCCAUACAGGCCAUCACUGGUCUGCUGAAAAUCGUUGACACAGUAUUACUGAGUAGUUACUAUCAUUACACGGACGAUUUGGAUGAACUAAUGACCUUGAAUAAAGAAGAGCUAAUUCAGGUGGAGAAUGUUUCCACAACUUUUGUAAGAAAACGGUUAAUUAAAGAUUACAUGCUAUCGGAGAAAUAUCAAACAACCAAGAGGAUGAAAAUGCUAGAGUCCUUCGCCUCCAUUUUGAUGAAGUCAUUGGAUGCGAUAGAAAAGGCAAUGACCACCGCUGAAACAGGGAGGAAACUAUCGGUGAACCGUACAUUAGUCUCUGUUGUGGUGGAGAGGAUCGAACCUUUGUCAUUUAAGGAUUACUCCGCCACAGUUGGUGGGAUUAAUGUAGAACUGCAAGCGGAAGGAAAUCAACACAAUGACGUCAAUAUUUUGAUUGCAGCAUUCAAAAGAUCUCCGUUCCCAGUUUUGAAUGACACUUCAUAUGGUUGGUCUGAAGUCCUGGUAUUGAAAGGUAAUUUUUCCUGCAAUAUCACAGCCCGUCUGCGGAACAGGAAUGUAGACAACUUGCAUAAAAGUUGGUUUUUCCUUCACUCUAAUAUGACCUUUUACCAAGAAUUUGCUGUGAGCAUGAAUGACCUCACGAUUAUUCACUUGGAACCGGAAAACCUCACGGAUUUUACAGAUUGGGAACUUUACAUAAAAGGAGGAGCCCGUCCAACUGAGGUAAACUUCGACAUCAAAUUGGAUAUUGGAAAACAUCAGACCAGCUUUAAAGUCCCUUCUGGAAUAAUCUCGCACACCAAAGGAUACUUAAUGCUUAAAAAGAAAGAAAAAGAGGAUAGAAGACGCAAGGCUAGGGAUGCUGUUGAGACCAGAAUUAAAAAUAAUGCCGAGAAAGGUGUCAUUCUGGCUACGAUUGAUGUACAGGUCUUCACUAUGGGUUGUCGGGCCAGGUCAUUCACGUCAGCAUCGUGGAUCACAGGCGGAUGCAAGAUUGGAGAUGAAUCAUCAAUCGAGACUACCGUCUGCCACUGUCCACACACUUCCGGUCAGCAGAGCGCUUUCACAUCCACUUUCUACGUUCAACCGAACCUGAUUGAUCGCGUCGACUUCUCAGACUUUGACGUCGACAACGCUGCAGUGUAUGGGACGUUGAUUGUGAUGUUGUGUCUUUAUAUUAUCCUGGUCAUUAUACUCCGAAAACAGGAUUAUAAAGACGCCCUGAAGUGGGCCCCUCAGUUCCUUUGUGAUAAUGGUGAGAAUGACAUCUACUUUUACAUGAUAACUGUAUACACUGGCAUGCGCAGAGGUGCCGCCACGAUGUCAAACGUCAAUUUCAUUUUAUCGGGAGAGGAUGAAGAUUCUGGGAUACGAAUAUUGAGCGGAAGUUCUCACUCUGGUUUUGAAGCUGGAUCUGUCCGUAGGUUUAUUGCCAGUUCAAGAUCAAAUUUUGGGAGACUGAAUUAUCUCCGAAUAUGGCAUGAUAACUCAGGACCGGGCAAUACAAAGUCCUGGUUCUUAAACAAAAUAGUUGUAGAUGAUUUGCAAACAAAAGCAAGAUAUAUAUUUCACUGUGGGAGAUGGUUAUCACUGGAUCGUGAUGACGGUAGAACAGAGAGGGUUCUUCCUGUCUGUACAAUGGAGAAUCUCAACAGCUUUAACACUCGGUUUUCGGAGCAGGCUCAACUCAAUCUCACUGACAGUCAUCUUCUCGUGUCUACCUUGAUUCGUCCCGAGAGCAGCAACUUUUCCCGCGUCCAGAGAGGAUCUUGUCUGUUUGUGCUUAUGCUGCUGACAAUGAUCAGUCAUGCCAUGUACUUCAAAGAGAACGCUAUUGUAUCAGCAAGUCAAGUUAAGAUCGGUAGUCUGGACUUUUCCUUGAAGGACCUCUACGUGUCUUUGAUGGUAGCCUUGAUCACUACUCCACCAAUUUUAUGCGCCUCGUUUGUGUUUAAAAAAACAUCCAAAUCUUCGUAUCAUUUAAGCAGAAUCUCUUCAAGGAAACGAUCAACAACAUCGGAAAAGUACACUUCAACAGAUACAGAUGUGCCCAUUAAUGUAGACUUGACCUCAACAUUUGAUACAGAAGUGACUUUGUUCCCAAAAUGGGUACUUUAUUUCGCUUGGUUCCUACUGUUUGCUUCUGCUGCGGUUUCCUCUUUCUUUUUGAUUUUGUACAGCAUACAGUGGGGCAAAGAGAAGUCGACAAGAUGGCUUAUCAAGUUCAUUUUGUCUUUCCUGGAGUCUAUAUUUAUUGUGGAUCCUGGAAAGAUCAUUUUGAUGGCCUUGAUGGUUGCGCUGUUUUUAAAAAACAAAGAAACGCAAUACAAAUUGAAUGUCGAUGUCCACCAUCUUCGUCGUUUGGCAAAAGUCUUCUACAGCAAUUACAGUGGAUCUUUAAAUGUAAUGAGAAGACAGAUCCUGGGUAAACACGAGCCAGCUUUACCUCACGAUGUUGAAAACUUUAAGAACAGACGUCAACAGGAAGUCAGGGCCAGGGGUGUGUUUAUAGAACUUCUUACAUAUGGAGUCUUUGCUUUCAUUAUGUUCAGCAUUAGUUAUAUCCACAAAGACCAGAGGUCAUUUCUACUGAAGCAAAACGUCCAUAAUAUACUUGUCAAGGACCCUGUAUCCUACAACAAAUUUGCAAACGUUAAUAAGACAAUUGACUACUUUAACUGGUUAAAUAACACGGUUGUACCGCAUCUCUAUCCAUCACGUGACUGGAGUAACAACUCCUUUCCUUCCGCUCCCUGGGUAGGGGACCUCGUCAAUAUCAGAGUGGGUACCGCCAAACUACGACAAGUUAGAGUCACGGAGGAGCCUUGUAUUUCAUACAUAUUUCAUAUUGUUCGCCCAUGCAUACGAGAAUACCAAGAUAAAAAUAUUGAAACCCGAAAUUUUUACCCGUAUUGGAGACUCCAAAAGAGUUUGUCUCGAACACCACAGUCUCUCAGACGUGCUUGGAAAUAUUCAUCUGAAGAUGAAGGGAUAGAUGUUCCUGGUGAAAUUCACAUGUACAAACCUGGGGGCUACGUAAUUAUGUUGCCGAGGUCCUUGACAGAGGCACAUGACCUUGUUAAUCAUUUGGUCGAGUACAGAUGGGUGGAUAGACAUACUCGAGCCUUGUUCCUGGAACUCAACCUUUACAAUCCUAACAUAAACAUCUUCACGUAUGCCAUGUUUAUUGCCGAAUUCAUCGAGACAGGUGGGAUUUUGCCCUGGUCCAACAUCUGGGUUUUCAGGCCCAAUGAGUUUACCGGUGCGCUAGGGACAUAUGCCCUCCUGUGUUAUCUUGUUUUUCUAAUAUUCUUAUGCUUGGGAACCUUCAGGGUCAUAAAAGAAUUAUAUCAAAGGCGACUGAAAUUCCUAAAACAAAUCUGGAACUUGGUUGACAUGACCUGUAUUGUUCUCAGUUAUAUUGGAAUAGUCGUCUUUUCAAUUCGUUUAGACAAAGCCAAUGAAACCAUACCAAAGGCCAAAGAAUUGUCAAACGACACAUUUGAUGGUUUUCAGACUGUUUUCUUGUGGGACUUUGCUUUUAAUUGUAUUGUUGGCGUUCUGACCUUCAUAACGACCUUAAGAAUACUGAGAAUUUUGGGGUACAACAGGCGUUUAACAGAGAUUGUGAGAGUUAUAACUAGUUCUGCGAGGGACUUAAUCGGAUUUGGCCUCGUCUUCAGCAUAAUAUACAGCGCUUACGUCAUAUUUGGUUUUCUGAUAUAUGGUACAUCUUUGAGCGAAUACAACACUGUGUUCAAAUCUUUUGGAACUCUGACCAAUUCCUUGAUUGGGAAGAAUCGCCUGGAUAUGAUGAUACACGUGGCCCCUGAAGCGGCUUCUUUCUUCUAUUUUACGUACACAUUUUGUGUCAUUUUCACUUUGUUAACGAUGUUCUCUGCCAUUCUUAACUACAGCAUCAGGAAAGUUCGCCAUCAAUCAAGGCAAAAUCCCGAAACAUACGGAAUACUUGAUAUUCUUAGUUCCAGCAUAAGUAAUCUGUUUGGAAUGGCGAUGGCACUCCAGAGGAAGGAAAAAGCUAAAGAAAAAUUCACUGCAAAAGAAAAGAAUUUGCGAAGCGAGAAGAUAAAUGCCUUUGGCAUUGCUCAGUUAAUCAGAGACAUAUUUGUUCAAAGUCUGGGAGAAGAAUUCAUGUAUUCACAGAGGUCAAGGCAAGAGUCUUUAUUGACAACAAUGACGGAACCAUCGGAUCUGAGAGUUAACCUGACGCCAGAAUGUCUUAAAGGACAACGAAAUGGUGACAUCAGCAAACUCGAAAGAAUCGGCACCCUGAGGGAUAUUCAAGUGUCACUUGAUAAGAAAGAGGACAACCUAGUCCAGCGGAAUCUUUAUUAUUUGUAG